AAAAAAAGAAGUAUAGUGGGCACGUGGUAUGGUGAGUGAAAAUGAGUUUAAGAAAGGGCCACGCACGCCACUUCCUUAUCUGCGCAACUUGAAUGGAGCUACAGACGACGACGACCUCCCCUCUUUUCUCUUCAUUGUUGGCUUCAUCAAAACCUAAUAAUGUUAAAUCCUCUGUUAGGCUCAAACUUGAAAGGAAUCGUCGGUUAUCUGCUGCCAAGACGGAUGUCUACGGUGUGGAAUUGCAAUCGCAAGAGAUUGUGAAUCCUGUAUAUGUACCAACGCCUACCAAUCGACCUCUUCGUCCUCCUCACAGCGGUUACCACUUUGAUGGGACUACAAGGAAAUUUUUUGAGGGUUGGUACUUUAAGGUUUCAAUACCAGAACAAAGACAAAGCUUCUGCUUUAUGUAUUCUGUUGAGAAUCCUGCUUUCAAAAAGGACUUAAAUAUUUUGGAGCAACUACAGCAUGGACCGCGCUUUACUGGAGUUGGAGCUCAGAUCCUUGGGGCUCAUGACAAGUACAUUUGCCAAUACUCAAAAGAAUCUCACAACUUUUGGGGAAGUCGGCAUGAGCUGAUGCUUGGAAAUUCUUUUAGUGUGCAAACAGGAAAGCAGCCUCCAAACAGUGAAGUUCCACCCCAGGUUUUUAAUCAGAGGGUGAUUGAAGGAUUCCAAGUUACUCCCCUGUGGCAUCAAGGUUUCAUCCGUGAUGAUGGAAGGACAAGUUAUGCUGAAACUGUAAAAACUGCACGUUGGGAGUACAGCACACGCCCUGUUUAUGGUUGGGGUGAUGUAGGGUCUAAACAGAAGUCCACAGCUGGCUGGCUUGCUGCUUUUCCUGUAUUUGAACCUCAUUGGCAAAUAUGCAUGGCUGGCGGACUCUCAACAGGUUGGAUAGAGUGGGGUGAUGAAAGAUAUGAGUUUGAAAAUGCUCCUUCUUAUUGUGAGAAGAAUUGGGGUGGAGGUUUUCCUAGAAAGUGGUUUUGGGUUCAAUGUAAUGUCUUUAAAGGAGCAAGUGGAGAAGUUGGUUUGACUUGUGGAGGCGGAUUACGGCAAUUGCCUGGACUAAAUGAAACAUUUGAGAAUGCUGCACUGAUUGGAGUUCACCAUGGAGGUAUUUUCUAUGAAUUUGUUCCUUGGAAUGGAGUUGUUGAAUGGGAAGUUGCUGAGUGGGGUUACUGGCACGUAACUGCCCAAAAUGAGACGCAUAAGGUAGAACUAGAGGCUUCAACCAAGGACCCAGGGACCACAUUGCGAGCUCCAACUACAGAGGCAGGCCUUGCACCGGCUUGCAAAGAUACCUGCUUUGCCCAUUUAACUCUUAAACUUUGGGAAAAAGGAUCUGCUGCUGCUGCUGCUGAUGGGAAGCUUAUCUUGGAUGUAACUAGCAACAUGGCAGCUGUAGAAGUUGGGGGUGGGCCAUGGUUCAACACAUGGAAAGGCAAGACGUAUACACCAGAAGUCAUCAAUCGUGCUCUUAACCUUCCUGUUGAUGUGGACGGAAUCCUUGGUUCCUUUCCAUUGCUCAAACCUCCUGGUCUGUAGUUUGUAAACUCAAAAAUUGCUGUAAAUAGUGCCCAUGAACCAAAUCAGAAACAAACAAACAACCUGCCCAUGGGCUAAAUCCUAAUAUCUUAUCAUGCCCAUAUAGGGAGGGUUCAUAUUCUUGAUUAUGUUAUGUCCGGAGUCUGCCAACUUGUUUUAAUCCUUGUAUGAAGUAAAAGCACCAAUAUACCCUC